AUGAACUUUGCGUUGCCAUUCUGCGGGUGUGCGGAACCACCAGAGAUUGGAUCUCUGUCUCUGGAAUUCGAUUCCUGCACACGAGAGACUCUUCUCGAUGCUGCCUUACCACUUGCAUUCCUUAUUGUUUCACUUGGAGUCAAUAGUCUUCGCCGCUACCGUACCUGGAGAACAGGCGCAUUGCGAUUGACAGGCGAUGCUGACACUUUGCGACUUCCUACCACAAAACAAGCAGCCCUCUUGCGUCAGAGCCUUAUUCUUCUCGUCCUAGUUCUGCUUGAGAUAAGCACUUGGGCAUUCAUAUUCGCAUGGCGUUUAGAGAGUGCCAUUCUCGAUCGUGACAACCCAAAACACGCAACUGAACUGACCUCUGCUUUGACUGAAAGAUGUGGCACUCCACCCUACCAAGUUCUUGAUCCUAUUUUGGCCCUGAUUCCUCGGAUAUAUAUCCUCAUUCUUGUGAUCAGAUCAUUUACUACGCCCGCAGACCCCGUCGCCCCAUCCAAGUUCACGCUUUAUAACCCGCAUUUUCUAACGUUUUAUUCGUUUGCCCUGAUUUCAGCUAUUGUACGCAUAUUUGCACAUUUUGGCACUCUUCUGAACAGUAGAGAUGGUGUACCAUCAGGUGUUGAAAAAGGAUUUUCUUUGGUCGACUGUUUUAUCUGUUUGGCAAUAUGGUUGGUGAGUGCUACCACACCAAGCGAACUGGAUCAAGGAGAGCUGCUCGACUUUGAUGACGAUGACGAUGGCGUAAUGGUACUCAAUGAUGGCCGGGUGGUUCGAAAUGGACGUAUACUGAGCUUCGAAGCAACUGCAUCCCCUUUGUCGUUUAUGACCUUUGGUUGGAUAAACAGUCUCUUACACAAAGCAUACAAAAAACCCUUGACGGCUGAUCAACUCUGGGCCUUGCCACUCAGGCAGAGAGCCCAGGAAAACUUUAGACAAUUCAAGCAGACAAUAAACAGCAGCCUUGUCAGACGUAUUUAUGAAGCCAACAAGACAAUAAUCCUUGUUCAAUUUGUAACUGCCAUUGCCGCCGUAUUCUUCCAUUAUGCCAACCCUUUUUUCUUACGCAAACUAUUGAACUAUAUACAAGACUCAAAAAACCAACCGAGUGAUAUUGGGUAUCUUUACUGCCUGGCCAUCUUUGUCUGCAGCAUCAUCAGUACCCUGGUGGCUUCUCAGACACUUUUGUGGGGUAGAAGAUGGCAUGUGUCGAUGACUAACAUGCUGAAUUCGGAAAUCUACGAACACACUCUUCAGUUAAACCACCCAAAAGAAACCACAGUCAAUAAAAGUGAAAGUGAGGAGGAUGCAGAGAAUGCUCUGCCAAACAAAUUGGCGAGUUUGAUGAGUCGUGACACCGAGCGGCUAGCCGAACUUGCUUCGUAUCUCCAUAUAUUUUAUACAUGUCCGUUAGAGAUUGGUGUUGGUGUCAUAUUCUUGUACCAAGUUCUCGGAAACUCGUUCCUGGCCGGCCUUGUUGUUAUGGCAGUUACCCUUCCGUCAACCCAUUUUAUAAGUCAGCGAUUAAUUCAUGUUCAAAAGCAACUAGAGGAAGCAAAAACAUGGCGUACUCGAUUAUUAAAAGAGUUAUUUGAAGGCAUCAAGACAACUAAGUUUCUUGCAUGGGAACACAAGUGGGAGCAUGUUAUUGCUGCUGCUCGUGACGAUGAACUCGUCAAAUUGAUCAAGUUAUAUACCCAGAACACAAUUCUUGGUCUCAUCUGGUUCGCAACCCCUGUUCUUGUUACUACAAUUUCAUUUGCAUGUACGGCGUUUGUAAGUAUUGUGCUCUUUGGAAUGCUUCGGGAGCCACUUAAUGUCAUGCCUCAGGCCUUUAUGGCCUACAAUGACGCAAAGGUCAGCUUGGAGCAUAUCAACAGUUUCUUAAACUCGGGAGAGAAGCGCUAUUCUGAUUCCGAUUCUAGCACACCAUAUGAAGCCAUGAACUAUUCCUACACUGAACAUGUACAGACCGGAUUUGAUGAAGGCAGCUUUCAAUGGCUCCCAAAAUCAGAACCCUCGGUCCGUCGCCCUUAUGUUCGCGACAAAGCAACCCUUAGUCCAAACUCAAGUGAUGGACACCUCUCAUCGUUUCGUCUCACUGUUCCAGAAAUCGAUUUUCCGGUUGGUUCAAUCUCGGUUAUUACCGGCCCAAGAAAAAGUGGGAAGUCAAGCAUGAUAUCUGCCUUGUUAGGAGAGAUGAAAGGAGUGUCAGGAAGUAGUCAUAUCCCCUCACGGUUCUUAACUAUGCGCACCAAUCUGAUCAGGGAUCAAAAGUAUAGAGCACUCUAUGUUUUCAGAGUUGCCUAUGUUGCCCAAAUUCCGUGGAUCGAAAGUGGAACAAUUCGUGAAAAUAUCUUAUUCUCAGAUCCGUGGGAUGACAGCCGUUACCGCGCUGUACUUUACCAAUGCGACCUCUUGAGAGAUCUAUCAUUACUGGAAAAUGGCGACUUGACCCAAAUUGGAGAGCGUGGAAUGGCAUUGACGGAAUCUCAGAAACACAAGAUUUCGCUUGCACGGGCAGUGUAUUCAAGGGCGAAGACUGUACUUAUUGAUGAUCUGUUUGCUUUACUCGAAACACCCACCGUAAACUUCUUGUUUGACAAAUGCAUUUCUGGAGACUUGAUGCAAGGUCGUACGGUGAUAAUUACUGCCACAGAAUUAGGACAGUGGGCAUGUAAUGCCCAGCUUUUAGUUUGUUUGGACUCUGGGAACGUUUCACAAAUCGAACGAGAAUGCGAUGCCAUUAGUACCUGGGUGUUUACCCACCAAGCACGUAGAGAUAGCUCGACAGCCGUGGUUGCAAGUGAUGAUCGUAUCGAAGCAUUAUUUGAAACCGACAAUGUCUACACCGACGAUGACUUUUUUGAUGAGGCAUCGGUACUACGGGAAUCUAUCGCUGCUCCCGAAGAUAUCACAAUAGAGAACACAAAGGCAAGAAAGUAUGCCUACGCCACAUAUUUUUCUGCGUGUGGUGGGUGGCAAUUUUGGAUGUCAGCAAUCAUGUUUACUGUUCUAGCCCGAGUGUCCAGUAUAUCCGAAAGUUAUUGGCUAAAGGAAGAUGUGCCGAUUUUCAUUCCAACUCCAACCCAGCCUGAGAAAGAAAUACCUGAUGAGAAUGUUAUCAAUCACUAUGUAAUAAUUUACCUUGGGCUUUCGAUGGUGACGGUGGCGUUCAACUUUAGUCGUACAGUUGUACAAUAUCGUGGUUCUCUCCAGGCUUCAAAUCGAAUCUUCCUCCGACUGCUUCAGGCUGUCUGUCAUGCACCCCUUCAAUUCUUUGAUAACACUCUUCAAAGCGACAUUAUGAAUAGGUUCAGCAAAGACAUGGAAACAGUUGAUUCAAGUAUUGGCUGGCAUGUCAAUUUCUUGCUACAAACUCUGUUUGGGAUUAUUGGGGUGGUUAUUGCCAUUGGAUUUAUUUUACCUGAAGUAUAUAUAGUCAGCUUUUUCGCAGCUCUUUUAUAUUUAUACAUUGGCAUGAUAUACAUACGCGCAUCUGGUGAGCUCAAGAAACUCAAUACCGACACCAGGCCGGCCAUUGUUUGCUUGUAUGCAGACACUUUAGCCGGACUCUCUACUAUUCGUGCUUAUAGAGAGCAGAGAGGAAUGAUGAGAAAGAUGUUUCAACGCCUGGAUGAAAAUAUGCGGCCAUUCUACACGCUCUGGACAACAAACCGCUGGUUAUUUGUGCGUGUAGAAGUACUGGGUGCAUUGAUCUCCCUUUUUAUCAGUGUUCUUUUGAUCUACAAGCGAGAUACAGUUGAUGCUGGUUCUGCUGGUAUUGCAUUGACCUUUGCCACAAGUUUAUUGGAGUAUGUUUAUUGGUUGAUGCGACAAUCUACGACUGUCGAUAUGCACUUUGAGGCAGUCGAGAGAAUCAAUGAGUAUCUGGACAUGCCCCAAGAACCACCAGGUGUGGUUGAAGGAUCUCGGCCUCCGGCAGCUUGGCCUGCUACUGCUGCUAUUAAUGUGAGAGACUUGAUGGUGAGUUAUGGAGGCGAAGAAGACCCAAUCUUGCGCCAUGUCUCGUUCAACAUCCUUUCGGGUGAGAAAGUUGCCUUGGUUGGAAGAGCUGGAGCAGAAAAGAAUGUGUUGGUUUCUUGUAUAUUUCGAUUUGUGGACCCACUACGAGGAUCUAUCAAAAUCGACGGCGUCAAUAUUGCGUGGAUUGGUGUAAAGGAUCUACGAUCUCGGAUCACUUUUAUUGCAAAGGACGGGUGGCUCUUGAGCGGAACAGUUCGUAGCAAUCUUGAUCCUUUUGGGGAAUAUGAUGACUAUGAACUCUGGCAAGCCCUAUACCGUGUCCACCUCGCUGUUUCGCCUAUAUCUGAAGAGGACGUACAGAACUAUGUACACUCGGCUACAACAUCUACUAUAUAUGAUCUUGAUAUGGAUCUGGGUAAAGAUGGAAUGGCUCUGAGCGUAGGAAACAGGCAAUUGUUAUGCGUUGCGCGAGCUUUGUUGCGUGAUUGCACAAGAUUAGUCGUCCUUGAGGAGGCACAGUUGACGUUGGAGACGCAAGAGAAAAUGCAACGUGUGAUUGAAGAAGAGUUUGAAGAUUCGACACUAUUAGUGAUUCCUUAUUCGCUUCAAAGUGUGUUACGCUAUGAUAGGGCCAUGGUGUUUGACCAGGGAGAUCUUGUUGAAUACGAUAACCCAGCUGAUUUAUUAAAGAGAGAAGAUGGAUUGCUUCAUUCUCUCUUUGAGCGUGCAGGCAUACUAGAGGCUCACAUCACAGAAUAA